GUGUAGACCUGUAUGUUGCCAAGUCUCUACUGGCACAUAAACUAGACACUUGUAGAUUAUAGCUAUGGCUAAACACAUUUUUUAAAUACAUUUAUAAUAACCGGCAUACGUUGUAUGCCGAUCAUCUAUCCUACAAUGUCGGUCCAACACCCCGAAGGAGAGGACGCCGUCGAAGAAAGAAAAGGAUUCUUCAUUGAACCAGAAUACGACUGGAACGAGGAGCAGGACAAUGUAGACAACCACAUACUUAUUUUACAAAAAGCCGACGCACUGGCAUCAGAAAACCGUCUCAAAGAAGCCAUCUAUGUUUACUCGAUGGCCUUGAGAUAUGGUUCUGUAGGGCCGGAGCAGAUGUGCACUUUAGUGGAUUGUAUUCUGCGCAACUUUAAGAGAAAGCUGGGAACGGAUGAGGCGCCUUCGGAACGAACGCCACAUCUUAUUGAUAACGCCGUGGAGGAGGACGUUUUUGACUGCCCGAAUUGUCAUAGAUUUCUAGGCGAGCCCGUGACUAUGGGCUGUGGACAUUCGUACUGUAAAAGAUGUUUACAACACCAGCUGCUCUCCAAAUGCAAGCUGUGUAGCGAGGUAGGAGGCAGGCCGACGGAGCUUAAAACGAAUGUGAUUCUAUUCGGACUUUUGGAAAAGUGGUUUCCCGAGGAGCUGAAAAGGUCUAGAGCUAUUAGUGAAAUUGAAGACCUGUCUAGAAGGAAACAUUUCGAGGAGGCCGUAUCACUAGCGACAGAUGUGAUUGAAUCUGAUCCUGGGGAUGAGGCGGUGCGGUGGUCACGGGUCAAGGCCUACACCGGGCUCCUGCAGUACCGAUUGGCCCUGGAGGACGCUGAACUCUGUCUUAGCUCCACCCACUCUGCAGAGGGUUUCUACUGGAAGGCCAAGGUGCUCCAGGACAUGGGCCAGGUUGACGACUCGUUGCAGGUUUUCCUCCACUGUCUGGCCCUGGACGAGGACUUCACCCUGGCCAAACGAGAGGUGGAAAAUAUACUGUGUGACCUGCUGUCUCCGGCCGGCGAGAACGUGAAGGUGGGCCUGAGGGAGACGGCGCAGAGCACAUCGCCUCACCUGCGUCGUAAGAUUUUGGUAGCGGAUGCCGAGGCCAGAGCCCAACAGCAUCAGGCCGAAGCCAAGCACUCUGCCCUGCACCAAGUCCAGGCUCGCACCUCCUCGGCACACCCUAGCACCGACGCACAGCACGAGAAGCCAGGUCGCUCAGGGAGCCUGGAGCGUACGAGCCUCAGCCGCGCUCACUCGAUGCGAGCCCACGGGCCGGGUCUGGGCAGCGUGGACGAGGGUCUUAAACGUGUCUGCUCCGCACCCCAGCUGGGGGACCAGGAGAAAGGCAUGCUGCUGAAGCGGAAGCUGACGUUUUCCGGGGGUGGACCCCACGUCGUCUACAGCCACGGGAGCAAGCAUAAGAAACAAGGAGUGGCCUGUGGUGCGUCGAGCCAGGGAGCCUCAGCCCGAGCUCACAGAGUCGUACCCAGAGACCUACUGGACCCCAACGACCUGGAGUGUUCCCUCUGCAUUAGAUUGUUCUACGAGCCAGUGACCACGCCGUGCGGUCACACCUUCUGUAAAAACUGUCUGGAGCGCUGUCUGGACCACACUCCCCAGUGUCCUCUCUGCAAGGAGAGCCUCAAAGAGUAUCUGGCAGCCAGGAAGUACACAGUCACCAGUGUGCUGGACCGAGUGAUAAAGCAGUACCUGUCUAAGGAGCAGUUGGAACGGCAGAAGACUCACCUGGAGGAGACCCAAGAGCUCGCAGACCUGAUGAAGAAGGUCCCCAUCUUUGUGUGCACCAUGGCCUACCCGACCGUGCCUUGUCCCCUGCACGUCUUCGAACCGCGAUACCGUCUCAUGAUCCGCCGCUGCAUGGAGACAGGCACGCGCCAGUUUGGGAUGUGCAUCAACGACGCUCAGAAAGGAUUUGUGGACUACGGCUGUAUGCUGAUCAUCCGGAGUGUCCACUUCCUCCCAGACGGGCGUUCCGUGGUGGACACCAUCGGAGGGAAGAGGUUCCGGGUGCUGACCCGCGGGAUGAAGGACGGGUACUGCAUCGCCGACAUCAAGUACUUGGAGGAUACCAGGGUGAGCGACAGCGAGGAGUUGACACAGCUGCAGCAGCUGCACGACGCCGUGUACGAGCAAGCGCGCACCUGGUUCCAGAACCUCAAGAACCGCUUCAGCAACCAGAUCCUUCAGCACUUCGGCGCCAUGCCCGAGAGAGAGCCCGACAUCCAGGCGACUCCCAACGGUCCGGCUUGCUGCUGGUGGCUGCUGGCCGUGCUGCCCAUCGACCCUCGCUACCAGCUGUCGGUGCUUUCCAUGACCACGCUGCGCGAACGCCUGGUCAAGAUCCAGCACAUCCUCUCCUACCUGCAGAGCAUCCCCAACGAGUAGAAGAGUAGAGUUCCCGCCCUACCACCACUACUUCUUACAUCCUGGCACCGGCACCAUGUACCUCCAUACCACAUCAAACAGAAUCCUAGGUCUCCAUACAUCGGAUUUCGCUCUUUAUUACUGUUGAGGCGUCCGCCGCAAGACAUCCGUGAGAGAUCAAUGAGACGUCUCCCUGAGAAGACAGAAUCACACAGCACUUCUGAGACACCAGCAAGAUCCCAGUCACAUACGCAGCUGGCUUUAGCAGCACGACAACUACCACACACCAGCUAGCUACGUCGGCGAGAAGCCACGGACUGCUGAGAAAUCGGCCGAAUUCUAAGAACUAGUUCUCUCUCUCUAUGUAUCUCUCUCUGUCUUUCUCUCUCUGUCUUUCUCUCUGUCUGUGUGAUGUUGGUGAAAACAUAAAGGCCUUUCUGUCUAUACUCAACAGUGGCACCAGCCCACCCUCAACACCUGCUACUGUCAGCUUGGUUACCAGAGAGAGAAAGAGAGAGAGAUUGGUGAAGAGAUGUCUCCGUUGUCUUGUCUACUCAAGACUACCCAAGCAGCCUUGCUGUCUCUAUUCGGCCACUGUUGAUGGUAGACGGGAGUGUGUAUGUGUGUUUGUUUCUAUGGGUGGGCUGUGCUUCUGUGCAAAUCCCAAAAGCCUUACAACAACGAAAACAAAAAAAGUGUGAAUCUUACUCUUCUGAGCAUUAAGCCCCUCUCUGUCACUUCACUAUGUCUACUAAAUGCACUUCCUUCACUGCUUCCACCUAUCGGCAGUGGACCCUGGUGAAAAAGAGAGCUUCCCCCUUUUAUUAUUAAUGUCUCCAAGUUUUUUUACUUUUUCAUCCAUUUUUACUUUUCUUCCAAGACUUCAGAAAGAAAACCCUUUUGGCAGCCAUUUUGUCCAGUCUGUAUUAUGGGACUGUGGUCUUGCAACGCUCCCAACUUCUGUUCUCUUAACUGUUUUUUUCUUAGCUGAAAACAAGGCAUAAACUCCAAAAAAUCCAGACUUCCAAUAUACUUUACUCUGCGUUUUUUGUUUUUGUUGUCGUUUCUCAGUGGAUACCGGAACCUCUUGAAUCCCGAUAGCUUAGUCUUUGAUUUUGCGUUAGGGAUGUUUCCCAUUCCGAGUUAUCGAUUCUUGAGAGAAACCUCAUAGUCAUCCAUGUGACUCGGAGUGUUGUAUUUCCGGUCUCUCUUCUAAACCAAAAGUUCCAACUUCCUGUUUAAAUUCAAUGUAAACUGAAGUAAUUUUUAAGGACAGAUAUUUAAAUAUAUAUUUUGACAGUAUGUUUGUAUGUACAAAAUCACAAAAGGGGAACUUGCAAUAUUUUGACACAGUGAAAAGGAGAAAGAAACAACACUAUACAAAAUGUGUUCAGCACUGCAAAGGUUAAAGGUCACCCUGUUAAGUAAAAAGCAGUCGCCUGCCUUUUUGUCGGAGAAAAGGACUUAUAUAGGUGGUCGAUUUCUCAGACAAAUUUUUGCCUUAUACCAUUUUAGCAUUUUGCUUUGAAUGGCACAAUGUGACGCCUUGGUUAGCAUUCCUUUUGCCGUACUAGUAAUUAGGAUAUUUGUGUUAAUUAUUUGUCUUUUCUUCAUCCGCCUCAUGGCCCGAAUCGUUCACGGUGUGUAUAAUGUAUGUCAAGUUGCGGCUUUGUUUAGUUUAAAUCAUUUUGUUUUUGGACAGAUCAUGUUUUUUCCCCCGAAUGUUUUAAGUUAUCCAUUUUCAAUAAUAAAUUAACUCAUUUUUUUCAA